ACAUCUUGAGACUAAUAUUGCAAAACACUCAUAAUAACAGUCUUUAACAUUGUAGAUUAAGCACAUAGCAAUGGCCGCAACCUCCUCCUCUGCUCUCACUAUAUCCUCCUCAUCCACCCUCCUUGACGGCAAGGCUCCACGGCAACCACCGUCUGCCUCUCCACAAUGUGUGAGCUUUCCUCAGAAUCGUCAAUUGAAAACCACUGUUCAUUGUCGUAAGAUUGCUCGCAAUGUGAAGGCAAUGGCCACAGGAGAGACAUCAGCAGAAGUUGACACAACUGAGCUGCCAGAGUUUGUGAAGAAUCUUCAAGAAACUUGGGACAAAGUUGAUGACAAAUAUGCAGUGGGUUCAGUGGUUGUAGCUUCUGUGCUUGCAUUGUGGGCUUCAACUGGGUUGCUCUCAGCAAUUGAUAAGCUUCCUUUGAUUCCUGGGGUUCUUGAGCUUGUAGGCAUUGGCUACACUGGGUGGUUUGCAUACAAGAACCUGGUUUUCAAGCCAGACCGGGAAGAUUUGCUACAGAAAAUAAAAGGAACAUAUGAUGAAAUAAUUGGGAGCAGCUAAAAGAGUUGGGAAAUGCAGAGAUGGUGUUGACAUGAAAGUUUUCUAUUUUGCAGCAUUCUGUUGAAGAUGUGAUGAUGCUUCAUUUUGUCAACAUAAGCUCCUAACUGUACUUUAUCCCAUGUAAUGUGAUGUGUUCUGAGAGAAGUUGUAUCGUUUUUAUAAAUAUCAAUUCACUUCAAGGCAAUCUCAAUUCCUCAAUUAUCCGUA